AUGCACGAACAACAGCAACAGAUGGAACCUCAGCAGAUGCAAAUGCAUGGACACCCGCAGCAGAUGGGCAUGCAGCAGCCGCAACAAGUGGUGCUCCCACACUCCCAACAUCAACAGAUGCCCAUGGUGCAACAAAUGCAGAUGUCACAUCCACAUUCGCAACAGAUGGUAUCCGAACGUCAACCUACACCUCAGAUGAUGUAUGCACCACCAUCUUCGUCCGUCGGUGUGGUAUCUGUUCCCUUACAGGAACACAAUGAGCAGGUAAUCAGCAAAACUUGGUUAUAA